AUGUACAGGAAGCGCAUUCCAUUCCAGCGGGAGCGGGGGACAUCCGUCCUGGCAACUUUCCCCACAUCCAAUCCAAAAUGUCCUCCCUCCUCUUCCUCGAUCGCGUUGCGGGCCGCUCGCUCUCAGCCACCGCCAUCCACACCACAGACCCCAGCUACCGCUACCGCUACCACCACCACCACCACCACUACUGGAACCCCCCUCCCUUUCAAUACAAAACAAAAAAGCGCACGCAGGCAGAGCUGCUGCACGCGGCGCACGCACUCCCACUCCUCCCGUUCCGUCCGCUCCAAGCAAGGCACCCCCAUCCAGAUGGCGGCCUGGGCGGUUCCGGCGCUCGCGGCCGCUGCGUGGGCGCUGCGGGCGGCGGUGUGGGCGUGCCUCGCGGCGUCGGCGAUGCUCGUCGCCGAGGCCGCGUACAUGGGCCUCGCCAGCCUCGCCUCCGCCGCCGCGAUGCUGUGGCGCCGCCCGGACGCGAGGUACCGCUGGGAGCCCAUGCCCGGAGGCUGCGACGUCGAGGCGGCCACUGGGGCGGACUUCCCCAUGGUGCUCGUGCAGAUCCCGAUGUACAACGAGCGGGAGGUGUACAAGCUAUCCAUUGACGCUGCGUGUGCCCUCACAUGGCCACCAGACCGUAUUGUAAUACAAGUCUUGGAUGACUCCACUGAUCCGAUUAUUAAGGAACUAGUGGAGCUUGAGUGCCAGGAUUGGGCCACCAAAAAAAUUAACAUCAAGUAUGAGGUUAGAAAUAAUAGAAAGGGAUACAAAGCAGGUGCGCUGAAGAAGGGCAUGGAACAUAUAUACGCCAAGCAAUGUGAAUUUGUUGCUAUCUUUGAUGCGGAUUUCCAACCUGAACCUGACUUCCUUUUAAAAACCAUACCAUUUCUUGUGCAUAACCCAAAGAUUGCACUUGUACAAGCACGUUGGGAGUUUGGAUGUUCCUGACCUGGCCUUUGCCGGGUGAUUUUGCAGUGAACUACGAUGUUUGCCUGAUGACAAGGAUACAGAAGAUGUCUCUAGACUAUCAUUUCAAAGUUGAGCAGGAAUCAGGAUCAUUUGUAUAUUCAUUUUUUGGCUUUAAUGGUACAGCUGGUGUGUGGCGUGUAUCUGCUAUUAACCAGUCUGGAGGAUGGAAAGAUCGCACAACUGUAGAAGAUAUGGACUUGGCUGUACGGGCUAGCCUCAAGGGAUGGGAAUUCUUGUAUGUUGGUGAUAUUAGGGUUAAGAGUGAACUACCAAGUACCUUCAAAGCCUACCGUCAUCAACAACAUAGGUGGACUUGUGGUGCCGCCAAUCUCUUCAGGAAAAUGGCAUGGGAAAUCAUUACGAACAAGGAGGUGUCAAUAUGGAAGAAACAUCAUCUGUUAUACAGCUUUUUCUUUGUCCGAAGGGUUAUUGCUCCCCUUGUGACAUUCUUGUUUUAUUGUGUUGUCAUCCCUUUGUCUGCCAUGGUUCCUGGUGUCAGCAUUCCUGUAUGGGGGCUGGUCUAUAUUCCCACUGCAAUCACAUGUAUGAACGCCAUCAGAAAUCCUUGGUCUCUCCAUUUGAUGCCCUUCUGGAUUCUCUUCGAGAAUGUUAUGUCCAUGCACCGCAUGCGUGCUGCUGUAACCGGUUUACUUGAGACUGCACGGGCAAAUGAUUGGGUAGUCACUGAGAAGGUAGGAGAUCUUGUGAAGGAUGACCUAGAUGUUCCACUCCUUGAACCAGUGAAGCCAACAGAAUGCGUUGAGAGGAUUUACUUUCCUGAGCUCUUGCUUGCACUCCACCUCCUAAUAUGUGCUUCAUAUGACUUCGUACUUGGAAGCCACAAAUACUAUCUUUACAUAUACCUCCAGGCCUUUGCAUAUGUUGUAAUGGGUUUUGGUUUCGUUGGAACGAAAACUCCAUGUUCAUAGCUGCCAAUAUGAUGUUACUAUUCCCCAUUUCACAGUAAGUUCCUAGGAGUACUGCCACUAUGUGCAAGAUGAAAUUUGUCUGAUGGUAAAUGUUAUUCGCAUUGCGGGGCCCAUGCUUAGUCUAGUGGGUGUGUGGGUGGGGGGCGGUUGGGCCUUUGGUUCUUAGAUUGCUAACAAGAUGUUCUUCAACAGUUCAACUGCCAUUGGUAAACUCAGUUUUAUGAUUUGCCUCUGUAAACGCAUUUUCCUUGACAUACAUGUGUUUUCUCAAUAAUCGCCCUGUGCUAGAUGUAUUCAUCUGUAGCAGUUCCAUUGCAGAACUGAAUAUAAUUGGUAUGGAUUUCAGAUUUUGGAUUCAUGGUUGUAAUAGGGCGAGAGGCAAGUUUGUAUCCAAGUUGGAUUUGUAAAUUAUUAUAGCUUAUUUUUUAUGAUUGUCAUGUAUAGAUUGGCACCAGGAAGGAAUGUAUGGCAUAAUGAGAAGACAAUGAAAUAUGAAAUUAAUUCUUGUAUUGUGACAUAGC